CCCUCAAAGUUAGAGCUCACAGGGAAGUUGGCGACGAACUGGAAGAAAUUCCACCGUGAUUGGAACAACUACGAAAUAGCGGCACGUCUAAAAGACCCUGAAAACCUUGCUGUAAAUAAACCGCUGAGAACUGCCACAUUGCUAACCUGUAUUGGCGCAGAUGCUCUUGAUGUGUACGAAGGCUUAGAAUUCGAGAAUGAAGACGAUAAGAAGGACAUUGAUAUUGUUCUCCACAAGCUACAGCGUUAUUGUAUCGGAGAGACAAACGAAAUCUACGAGAGAUACCGAUUUAACAAGAGAGACCAAGAACCAAAUGAGUCUCUAGAUGCUUACGUCACGGCCUUGCGCACGUUGGCAAAGACGUGUAACUUCGGAGUGUUAGAGAACAGUCUAAUUAGAGACAGGAUUGUCAUCGGAGAAAGAGACAAUCAAGCUCGCAAGAAGCUCCUACAAGUCUCCAAACUCACAUUGAAGGAAUGA